GCAAAUGCUUGGGGCUUUACAGUUAACCAAGACUUUUCCUUCAUACCCUGUGAGUUAAAGGAAGGGAAGCUUAGAAGAGAAGCAAGUCAGCAUCAUACCUCCAGGAUUUGAACCCAGGUCGCACCUGUGCAUUACUUUACGAGAGUGAAAGCAUGUGCGUUUGACCAGGACCAGGCUCUGGGAGGUGAGCCAAGGAGGUAGGAAAGAAGGGAAGACAGAGGCUGGGGAGCUGGCACUCACUAAGCUGCCCAGCCAGCCUCGAGCUAAGCUCUCUACCCCACUUCCCCCCUCCCUGCCUCACCCCCACUUAGUCUCCCAGGGAGGCCUCGGUGCCCAGCAGCAUCACAGCCACCAGAGGGAAGCAGGAAGACAUGCAAGUGGAGGCAGUGAGCUCAACCAGCGGAUAGCUGGGAGCUGAGAGCCUGCCAAGCAGCACCUUUAGGAUCCAAUGGCCCAGCCCCUCUAGGGGAGGAGAAAGGGGCUGGGCCACCCAUGAGAGGCCUAACCCGGCAGUUAGUGCGGCUGGGCCAGGCCUGCUACGCAGACUCAGGACUCAGGACGAGUGGCCACCAAGGACCAGACUCCCAGCUGGGAGGUAAACACCGUGACCACAGUUAAAGAGCUCAGCCCAGCAGACACAAGGAAGACCCGGGCUAGAAUGGACCGUCUGGCAUACCGAAUGUCACUGGGGGACACCUGGAGCAGGAAAGUGCACCCUGACAUAGAGAGUGAGAGAUGCAUGCCGUCCUUCAAUGUGGAACAGCUCACCAACAUCCUUGAUGGAGGUGCCCAGAACACUGCACUCCGGAGGAAAGUUGAAAGCAUCAUCCACAGUGACCCAGAGCUUAGCCUGGAGGAUAAUUAUUUCAUGACCCAGAAUGAACGUUAUGAAGCCGCCUUUAAGAAGACAUUCUACAUCCAGAUGUUGGCACAGCGCCUAGGCUGGUCACAAGACAGUCACGAAUUACAUUAUGCUCAAAGAAGUCUUUCUGGAGAUCUGGCCUUAGGUAUACACAAAGUCUUCCAGAAAACCCUCAGGAGCCUGGGAUCGGAGGAACAGAUUGCCAAGUGGGACCCGCUCUGCGCCAAGUUCCAGAUCCUUGGAACAUAUGCCCAGACAGAACUGGGGCACGGGACCUAUCUUCAGGGCCUGGAGACUGAAGCCACCUACGAUGCAGCCACCCAGGAGUUUGUGGUCCACAGCCCAACAAUAACUGCCAUUAAAUGGUGGCCUGGGGACCUGGGACGGUCAGCCACCCAUGCUCUGGUCCAGGCCCAGCUCAUCUGCUCAGGAGCCCGGAAGGGCAUGCAUGCCUUCAUUGUGCCCAUCAGGAGCCUUGAGGACCACAGCCCUCUGCCAGGAAUCACUGUUGGAGACAUUGGGCCCAAGAUGGACUUUGACCACGUGGAUAAUGGUUUCCUGAAACUGGACCAUGUGCGGGUUCCCAGGGAGAACAUGCUGAGUCGCUUUGCACAGGUCUUGCCAGAUGGCACCUACAUCAAGCUCGGGACAGAAAAGAGCAACUACUUCAGCAUGGUGGUGGUGCGAGUGGAGGUGCUGAUGGUCGAGGUGCUACCACUGCUGCAGAAGGCUUGUAUCAUCGCCAUCCGCUACUCGGUCAUUCGCCGCCAAUGCCAGCUCCGGCCCAGCAAUCCAGAGGCCAAAAUCCUGGACUACCAGACGCAGCAGCAAAAACUCUUCCCUCAGCUGGCCAUGGCCUAUGCAUUCCAUUUCGUGGCAAAGAGCCUCCAGGCAUUCUUGCAUCGCUCCUACAGUUCCAUUUUGGGCCGAGACUUCAGCCUUCUGCCUGAGCUUCAUGCACUGAGCGCAGGUAUGAAGGCCAUGGUGUCGGAUUUCUGCACCCAGGGGGCUGAGGUGUGCCGCAGGGCCUGCGGUGGUCACGGCUAUUCGAAGUUGAGCGGCCUGCCCUUCCUGGUCAGCAAAGUGACAGCCUCCUGCACUUAUGAGGGUGAGAACACUGUGCUCUACCUGCAGACGGCCAGGUUUCUGGUGAAGAACUACCUGCAGGCUCAGGAGUCUGCAGGCUCCACAUCACAGAGGUCUAUCCCUGAGUCUGUUGCAUACCUGAUUGCACCUGACCUGGCUAGGUGCCCAGCCCAAAUGGCAGCUGACUUCCUCCACCCAGAGCUCUACACCACGGCCUGGGCACACGUGGCAGUCAGGCUCAUAAAGGACUCAGUGCAUCAUUUACAGACUCUGAUGCAAUCCGGGGUUGACAGGCAGGAGGCAUGGAACCAGACCACCCUCAGACAUCUGCAGGCUGCUAAGGCACACUGCUACUAUGUCACUGUGAAGAUUUUUACAGAAGCUCUGGAGACAUUGGAAAGUGAACCAGCAAUUAAGCAGGUGCUCAAACGCCUCUGUGAUCUCUAUGCCUUACACGGCAUACUGACUAACACGGGUGACUUUCUCCACGAUGGCUUCCUAUCUGGUGCCCAAAUAGAUGUGGUUAGAACAGCCUACCUGGACCUGCUCCUCCUCAUUCGAAAGGAUGCUGUCUUGUUAACUGAUGCUUUUGACUUCACUGAUCAGUGUUUAAAUUCAGCACUUGGCUGUUAUGACGGAAAUGCCUAUGAACGUCUGUUCCAGUGGGCUCAGAAGUCACCAACCAAUACUCAGAGGAACCCUGCCUAUGAGAAAUAUAUAAGACCAUUAUUACAAAGUUGGAGAUCCAAGCUAUGAAAUAAUCAACAGGAUUCAAGAGGCACCUUGUGGUAACAGUACUAUGUGGUAACAGUACUAUGGCAUAUGCAUCAUUAAAAUUUACAACUACAUACGUAUUUUUUAAAGAGUCAUUAUCUUUUAGAGACACAGCCUGAAGUGGAGGAAAUAUGUAAUUCAAAAUAAUCCAUGGGGAAGAAAAGGGGGAGUAAAUCUGCUGAAGCUGUUCAAUGUUUACACAGUUCUACUUCCAAAUAUUUCUGAAAUUUACCACAAUAAAAAAACAGUAGCACUAUC